GUCACGCCGACACGAGUGGAUACGGCUCCGGACCAAACGAGACUUGAGGAGCCACGCAACUCGGUCGGCUCGCGGAACCCGACCCAGCGACCCGUCAUUUUUCGCCGUCGUCAACCACAUCUCACUUCGGGUCUCCGCGCGCGCGAGAGAGAGAGAGAGGGGGAGAGCGAGAGGCAGCAAUGGAGAAGAUGAUGCAGGCGCCUUACGAGGCGACGGUGAAGGUGAUGCUCGCCUCUCUGGAGCGCAACCUGCUGCCCGACGCCGUCAUCCGGAGGCUCACGCGCUUGCUCUUGGCCGGCCGCCUUCGCUCCUGUUACCGCACUUCCUCCGACCUCCAGCUCUCCGACCUCCUCCGCUUCGCGCAUUCUCUGAAAGAAAUGCCUAUCGCUAUCGUGACGGAGAAGCCCAAAGAACAGCAUUAUGAGCUUCCCACUUCGUUCUUCAAACUAGUGCUCGGCAAGCAUCUCAAAUACAGCUGCUGUUAUUUCUCCGACAAGUCGAUGACCUUGGAGGAUGCUGAAAAGGCAAUGCUGGAACUCUACUGUGAGAAAUCUCAGUUGAAAGAUGGCCACACUGUUCUGGAUGUGGGAUGUGGAUGGGGCUCACUGAUUCUGUAUGUAGCACAAAAUUACAGUAAUUGCAAGAUCACAGGAAUUUGUAACUCGACAACACAAAAAGCACACAUCGAAGAGCAGUGUAGGAACCUUCAGCUACAGAAUGUGGAGAUCAUUGUUGCUGAUGUCAGCACAUAUGAAAUGGAAGCUUCAUAUGAUCGAAUAUUCUCUAUCGAGAUGUUUGAGCAUAUGAAGAACUAUAAGGAUCUUCUCCAGAAAAUUUCAAAGUGGAUGAAAGAGGAUGGCCUUCUUUUUGUUCAUCAUUUCUGCCAUAAAGCAUUUGCAUACCAUUUCGAGGACAUAAAUGAAGAUGACUGGAUUACUAGAUACUUCUUCACCGGUGGUACAAUGCCCUCGGCUAACCUGCUUCUUUAUUUUCAGGAUGACGUUUCUGUUGUCAACCAUUGGCUGGUCAAUGGGAAGCAUUAUGCACAGACGAGCGAAGAAUGGCUCAAGAGAAUGGAUCAGAAUUUGGCUUCAAUCAAGCCCAUCAUGGAGGGUACUUAUGGCAAGGAACUAGCUGUCAAGUGGACAGUUUACUGGAGGACAUUCUUCAUCGCCGUUGCGGAGCUAUUCGGAUACAACAAUGGAGAAGAGUGGAUGGUAGCACUUUUCCUGUUUAAAAAGAAGUGAGUCCGUUUAUCUCUCUUCGUUUCGAAGGAUACAUGUUUAAGGAUAUGUGCAGAUUUAGCUGAGGCGCAUAAUUCUGCAGCAGCAAAGCACCGUUUAAAUAGCAGCAGGUCUUGCAAUUCUGCUUGAUGAUUACUUUUAAGAGGACAAACAUGGUGAGUAUGGCUGUCUUUCAGUUUUGCACACAUAUGGAUUCUUAGUUCCAUGUUCUUAGCGAA